CUUUACAAAUAACGCCAUCUAUAAUAAUAUAUAUUAAUAUAUAUUCAACAAUGGCAGCAGGACCUGUGUUGGAAAGAAAUCAAGAUGCCACUAUAUAUGUUGGUGGAUUGGAUGAAAAAAUUAACGAGUCAUUACUUUGGGAAUUAUUUCAACAGGCUGGCCCAGUUGCUAAUGUUCAUAUGCCUAAAGAUCGCGUUUCACAAUCUCACCAGGGAUAUGGGUUUGUGGAAUUUAUGAGUGAAGAGGAUGCUGAUUAUGGAAUAAAAAUUAUGAAUAUGAUUAAAUUAUAUGGAAAACCUAUUAAAGUCAAUAAAGCAUCAGCUCAUCAAAAAAGUUUAGAUGUAGGUGCCAACAUAUUUAUUGGAAAUUUAGAUCCUGAAGUUGAUGAAAAAUUAUUAUAUGAUACAUUUAGUGCAUUUGGAAUUAUACUUCAAAGUCCUAAAAUUAUGAGAGAUCCUGAUACAGGGAAUUCUAAAGGUUUUGCCUUUGUAAAUUUUGCAAACUUUGAAGCAUCAGAUGCAGCUAUAGAAGCAAUGAAUGGGCAAUAUCUAUGCAACAGAGCAAUCACCAUAUCUUAUGCAUUUAAAAAAGAUAGCAAAGGUGAACGUCAUGGAACUGCAGCAGAGAGAUUACUAGCUGCCCAAAAUCCACUACCCCAUGCUGAGAGACCUCAUCAACUUUUUGCUGAUAGACCAUUCAUGCUUCCUCCACCCCCACCUCCUCCUACUGUCAUGGGCCUUGCUGGAGUUGGUGUGCCUCCUAUGAAUAUGAUGCACCAUCCAAAUUUACCCCCCAAUAUGAUGGGUUACAUGAUGAACCCCAUGCCUCCACCUCCACCUAUGUUUGGUGGCCAUCCUUCAUUUGAUAUGAACCUCAUGUAUCAACAACAACAACAACAAUGUAUCCCUCCAAGUGCGCUAAAUUUAAUGCCACCUCCGCCACCCCCACCCUCCAGUCUUAAUACUACAUCUGCUACUCAACCAAAUGAUGGUAAUAAAGAUCCAACUGUUUUCGCCAGUAUGAUGGUACCACCUCCUCCUCCAUCAUCUCAAAAUAUCGCCAAUAUUAAUCCUGGUAUUGAGACUACAAAUCAAGCUUCCAAUGUGCCCUUUAUGAACCCACCUCCUCCACCACCUACUGCGGGAAUUCUAACAUCUCAAACUUAGAACAAAAUGACGAUUUGAUAGGCUUAGAACAAAUUAUCAAAUAUUUUUUUAAAUAUAAUAACUCCUUUUAUAAAUGAGGUAAUUUAUGUAAUUUUAUUUUUAUUAUUAUUAAAUAUUGUAAAAUGUUAAUACCAAAAGUCUUCUUUACAAAUAAAUAAUUAUCUUAUGUUUAAA